CGCCCCACCCGGCGGCUCUCGGGGCGGACCCGCGGCCGCUGCGGGCCCGUGCGGGGCCGGCGCUGCCUCUCGGGCCAUGCGGGGCCGGGCUCCGCUGCGCUGCCUCCCGCUGCUCCCGCUGCUCCUGCUGGGCUCGGCGAGGGCUGCGGGCACAGAACCUGCUCCCCAUUUACCAGCACCARAGGACGUGGAGAUUUAUUCCUACAACUUCCAGAGUUUUCUGAGGUGGUCUCCCGUUCCUGUGGAGAAUGGCUCAGUAUUAUACACAGCCCAAUACAAAACAGGCUCCCUGGCGCUGUGGAGCGGUCUGGGUUGCUCCCRCAUCCCCCAGACGCGGUGUGCGCUGCCGGCGCGGCGCCGCUGGACCCUGGUGCUGCGCGUGAGGGCCGAGCUGGGCCCUGCCACCUCUGCCUGGGUGCAGACACCGCCCUUCGUGGCCGAGAGGGACACUACUCUGGGCCCCCCCAGGGUGAACAGUGUGAGUGUCAGCCCUGACUCGCUGCUCGUCAGGGUCAGCCCUCCUUUCACCCCCGAGCUUGGGGACAUUCUCCAGUAUCACGUGUCCUACUGGGAGAAUACAACAAGUCCUACAGAAAAAAAGCUAAAUGAAAGCAAGACACUAUUCCACAUUGGAAAUCUGAAGGAAUCAACACUUUAUUGCUUCAGCAUUCAAGUGCAGUUGAAGAUCUACUCAGGUCACUUGUUACAAGGACAACCAAGUGGCCCAGAGUGUCACAGAACUGCCCUCAGUGAAGCAACCCGAGCUGGAUACAUCAUCCCCCUGUUUUUCUUGGGGUUACUCGUUGUGAACCUGGUGGCAUUUGGUUUAUUGUUCCUGUGGAAACACCACCAAAAAAUCAAAUAUUGGUCUCAGCCACCUCUGCAAAUCCCAUCCCACUUCAAGGAGUUCCUGAGGGACCCUGACACAGCUGGCUUGGAGGAGCUGGACAGUCUCACAGAGGAUGAGCCACUGGCUGUUGUGGUUGAAGAAGGAGGUGGCCCCGAGGGUGAGGCUCCUUCACCCAGCACCUCCAAGGACWGGGAGGUCCCUGAAGGGCCACCCCAGUGAGUGUCACCUGCUCCAGGACUAUCCAGAAGCUGCUCCCGUGGUGUGGCUGCUGGCAGGACAAUCCUGAGCAUGGAGCCAUCAGUUUCUGCUGAGCUCCCCCCGCUCCUCGCUCUGCCAGAGGCACUGAAAGAGGCAAUGGGGAAGGGAAAGGAACACUAAACUGCCUGAAGAUKGAGAAAAGGGGUGAAUUCCCACCCCAGGUUGGAAGGAAGCUUGGAGGAAUAACAGCACUUUAUUGGUGUGGGAUAACCUGGGGUUUUUCAGGCUCUGAAGAGUUGCAAUGUGAAUUCUGUUCAUACUGGUUUUGGUUUUGUUGGCAAUAAUCCUCCCAUUAUACCCA